UCUUGGUAAGUGAAUAUCCGGUGAAUGGAAGGAAUAUAACCUUCAGAAAAAGACGAGCCGCAGAGGCUGAAACAACCUUUAUACUCGUUCUAAAGGAAGUUAAGACUUCGGGAACAAAAUGUGGUGUUUUAUUUCGGAGCCAAACGGGAUAAUUCACGAAAUAUUCCUUCCGAAGAAUGCUGUAGGCCAAGAUUGUUUGGAGAAGGUUUGCGAAAAGCUAAAACUUGUCGAGCGAGACUAUUUCGGGUUGAAAUUCGGUGGCGCGAAAGGAACUCAAUUUUGGCUGAAUUUGAGAAAUUCUAUGUCAUCUCAGCUCACCGGGAAACCACCGUAUCGACUGUAUUUCUUGGUAAAAUUUUUCGUCAAACCACAAGAACUUCAGCAAGAAAUUACACGACACCAGUAUUAUCUCACAUUAAAAAACUUUAUAAACGAAGGAAAGUUAGAUUUGUCGUCCGUUCAAACGAAAAGUAUUGCCCGAUUAUGCGCUCUGGUUGCUCAUAUAGAGAGCGGGGAUUUCAGCCAAGAGCGGGUGGCAAAAUAUUCAUCAUACAUUCCCAUUUCUGUUUACAAUGUCUACUCCAAAACCUCCAACCUUCAAAAGGAUGCAGCAAUUGAACACAGCAAGUUAGUCGGUGUUCCCGUGAGUGAGUCAAAAAUCGAAUUUUUGCACAUGGCUUGCAGUAUUCAGGGCUACGGGAUUGAGUUAUUUCACGGAAGAUUAAGCGACUAUAAAACGCUAAAAAAGGUAGACAUUCACGUCGGAAGCGAUGGUAUACGUGUCUUCAGCAUUAACCAUGAAUUCGAUCUGAAACAGGGAAAAGACGUUACGAGAAGAAUUCUCGAAAAAAGGGUGUCCUUUGAAGAUGUCUCCACCGUAUCCUACAACAAUCGCUCAUUUACUGUUGUCCACGGGGGAACUGGGCCUCAAGCGCAACGAGACACUUACAAGAUGAAGUGUGAAAGCGAUGCUGUAGCUUUGUUCCGGACUUUUACGGAGUUCCACACGUUUUACCAGUGGAACACUGUCAAACGAUCCGUUAUUGAUCAAUGUACUAGGACUCUGGCUGGUCGGCUGUUUUCCAUGUUUGUACCGCGAAAUGAGUUUGGUAGGAUUUUCCUGUUCGACGUUCAGCGCACGCGUCGCCAGGCUUACAGUCACGCGUGGGGCGAACUCAACUCAUGCCGCAUGAUUGACAUGCCAAGCUCCACCUCCGGAAGUUUGCGUUCCUCUCCUGGGUCAGCGGAGUACCGCCCAGUGCAGUCCCCUAUCUCUCAACGGAGAUUUUAUAGCACAAAGAGGUAUGAGGAAGCAGGAACAUCUAGGGGUGAAUGCCGGAGAGCCUUUGUCGAGAGGGAGUCCAUGGAGAGCAUGACUCCAGACCAACUCAAGGUUAUGGUGCGACACCUCCAGGAUGCUAGAAUCUGCCAGAUCUGCAUGGAUAGCGAGGUUGCGACCGCCUUCUGCCCUUGCGGCCAUGUGGUUUGUUGUGUGGAGUGUUCAUCCAUGUGUAAAGAAUGCCCAUUAUGUCGAAGUCAGAUUACUUACGCUCAACGAGUGUUCUUUCCUUGUGAGUGAAAAUGGUAGAUUGCAUUGGUCCGGCAGCGAAUGAAGUUCGUGAUGCUUACUUGACCAUGCGAUCGAUAACUUGAUUGAAUGGCCACAAUGAGGCUGACACCAUCAGCUACACUACAGUAGUCUAGUUUUAUGUACGAAGUGCAAGUCUUCCACGGAGUGUAAUAAAAGAAACCCAAACUAAUCUUAAAGAUCAACUUGUAAACAUUGCUACGCUGUGUCUUGCGAAGAACGCGGAUUUAGGACUUCAUUUUUUAGGACAUCUUUGUUUAUUAGCCUCCUGAAAGAACUUCAGAAAAACGUUAGAUCCCUGAGGAGACGAAAAUUAAAGUUGUAUCUUAAAUUAUUUAUCGUAGUCGGUGAAAUGAUGUAGUAAGAUAAAAUCAUUUGAUUGGAACUGGCUCUCGAUAGACAUUUACGGAGGAUUUUGUACAAGCUAAGUUGCGUAAUUUCAUAAUUUAUGUAGAUGUCAAUAUAAAGAAUAGAAAGAUAUUUCUUAAUAUAAUUCAAACAUAAUCUUUAUAGUUAACGAUGUAGCUAGUUAGCAAACCGUGAAAGCAAGCAUAUAGGCUACUAAAAACAUGACAUUUUUAACGAAUUGGAACAGUUUUUAGUGAGAGAGGUGAAGUGAUCAUGCCUUGUUUGGAGGCGUCAGAAUUUGGUGAAUUGGUAGCUGAGCUAUUGCACGAAUAUUGUGUUACGAUCUUUUACAAGAAGAAUCAAGGUUCUCAAUUUUCUCAGUUGAAGCAAGUAAGUAGUUGGGUGAUUUUAAACUAACCUUUUUUGUGGACGGCUCCCUAGUGCCUGUCGUUGAAGGAACCUUGUAAUUUAAGCCGUUUUUGUGACAAUGUAAGAUUGCCUUUACUUGUAGUGAGGUAGAAAAGUAACAAAGCAGAAGUAAACCACUUUUAACCGUAUGGCUACGGAUAAAACAUUUUGAGCUAAUUUGUUCAAAAUUUACGAAGGGUGCCUUAGCACUUUUGAGUUUAUCCCGGACUCUUGCUAUACUGUUAGCUUCAUUUUUACGCAUAAAAGAUUCGUAUUUGUAUUAGUUAUUUGUUAUGGUUUUUUUUUCUAAAAAAGGGUCAACCUGCGACUCGGUAGUUGUAUACAAUCAUUGUAUUAAUUUUGUGUUAAGCACUUAACCUUAUUUAGCUGUUUCGAUUGCUAGUAAUUUAAUGGACACUUGUUGAAAUGCUUGUUGAGAGGGUUACACUUCGAAGGUCAAGUACAGAGUACAAAACUUUCCAAUUUUCUUACUUUUUGAGUCGCUAGUCGUAUUGAAAUAUGUAGAUUUUUAAGAGAAAUAAUUAUAAUUCCAUAGUAAAAGUGA